UCUUCUUCCUCUUAUGCAGAGGCUUGAUUUGAUUAAACCUCAAAACCCUAAUUUCGUUCACCUGAAUCGCUUCGUUUCCAAUCGGUAAAAGUAUCUGGCGAUGCAGGCAGGCUUGGAUGAUGAGGAGGGUUCGCUGGCUCCGCCAUCUAGAGCUAGGCACAUUGGAAAGAGAGCUCGUAAGAACAAAAGCGUCACCGUCUCUUUUGACGAGAAAGAUCUCAGGGAUUUUGUGACUGGUUUUCACAAGAGGAAGAAGAAAAGAAGAAAGGAAGCCCAGAAGCAGCAGGAGGAGUCUAUGCGGCGGAAGCGAAUCGAGGCCCGUAAGAAGAGGAAAUUGGAAGAGCGAAUGGUCGCGGGUCUUGGUGAGGAAAGUGAAGAAGGGGAAGCUGAAGAGGAUGCUGAGAAUGAGGAAGCAGAGCCUGAUGCUUCAACUUCCGGGACGACAAUGUAUGAUACAGGGGAGCUGAAAGUAACAGUGACAACAAGCGAGAUAUCUCGUGAAGAGGACGAGCCUGUUCGCAGGGAGAAGAGCCAAUCAACAGAAUCUGGUUCCACGGCCAAAGCUUCCGCAAAACAGCCUGUGCCUGUGAGGAAAGCCAAACCCUCGAAGCAGAACCGAAAGCACAGGUCAAGCACAAAAAUUAUGAAGAAAAGAGACAAGAAGAAACAAGCAAGAGGAAUCAAGACUUCGCGGUAGUUAUAGAGACUUGUGUCGAGUCCUCUAUAGCGAAAGCGGAGAUGCUUUUUGGAGCUUAUGAUGGUUCGAAUCCUCAAAGCAUUUGGAUCGUUUGAUGCGGGUAACAAUCAGAAUAUGUUAAAGUCUUGUAGUAAGAAGCACAUCUAUCAAUCAAGUUUGUAAUGUUCAGAGACUAGAAAGGAGAAGAUUUUUUUUGGUGAAAAAGAAAAACAUUUUGUUUAGAAGUAAAUUAGUUACCUCACGUCUUCAAAUGUGUUUUUUUUUGUAAAAAAAUCUUCUAUUUCUGCAUCUUUUUUUCUCCAAAAGUUUCUUAUUUGGUUGGCAA